AUGGCCGACCCCCUCGCAGAGGCAAUCGCGCUGAAGAAAGCGGCGAGCAUACCACUCUACGUUAGCGUCGUCUCCUUGACGUGGGUCUUACACGAUUACAUCCUCACAGUACGCGAUGAAGCUCGAUACAUCUGGCCCGGGAAGUGGAACCUUGGCAAAUUCCUAUUCUUCUGGGUCCGCUACUACACGAUCGCGCUGGCACUGUUCGAUGUCGCGCAGAUACACUCCUUCGCGACGUUCCAGCCAAGCCUUACAACUUGCGUCGUUAUGGACGCCAUGAUCCGCGUGGUCGGUGCGCUCAGCUUAUGGGCAAUCGAAAUAGUGAUGCAACUUCGUAUCUAUGCCAUAUUUCGCUGCUCAAAGCCGGUGGCCAUUGUAAACAUCGUCCUAUUUCUGGCAUCCGUAGGCGGCUUCAUGUGGAUUCUUGUUCACAACGCCCUCGGACGGGCCGCAGUCAUCAAAACUGCUAAGGCACUGCCGAUACCGGGAUGUCCUGUGGUGCACACUGGGAUAGAGUGGGCGCAAUGGGUGCCAGCGACCGCGUACGAGGGUGUCCUGUUCUUGUUUGCGCUGUUUAAAACAGCCAGUCGCUAUGUCAAGGAUCUUCGCUCUCAGGGCGCCAGGCGGACACAUACGAAGAAGACGCUGUACAACCUGAUGUUGCAGGAUAACCUCCUAUACUUCUUCGGUAUUGCCUGCAUACUCGUUUUCAAUAACCUGAUGGUGGUCAACGUAACUCACAUACCGUGGUUUAGCUACGGGCCUUUCCACGCUGUGACCGGGAUCAUGACAUGCCGAAUGCUCAUCCACCUUCGCAAAGCGCUUGCGGAGGGGCCUAUGGUUUCUGGCGUGUCUGUGGUAUCCGCUAGCCGCGGCAUAGCGUUCGCACCGGGUACUUCUCGGGCUACUAGCACGGGUCAAUAUGGAUCCGAGACGGAAGAAGAAGUUCAACUCGGUUUAUACUCCACUUCGCAGACGCUUCUGUUCGCCAAGGGAAAGACGAGCACCUUUGGAUCUUCCGACGCAAGCACCGAGUCGUCGCCAUGCGUAGCAUACAGCCCACCCAAGCCAUUUUCAAACCUUGAUUCGAUCAUAACUCGAUAUCGCGUGUGCUGA